AUGGGAGACACCGAAGAGCUGGCGACGGAAUACACUCGGGUUAACAACACCCAGUAUGGCGCCGGAUUGUUUCUUCUCGAAAGGCUCAAUAUUAUCUCUGGCAUGAAAGUUCUCGAUGUCGGGUGUGGACCUGGAAAUCUCACAGCUCACAUUGCAGAGGUUGUCGGGGAGAGAGGGAAUGUGGUGGGUAUUGAUCCCAGCACGGAACGCAUUACGAUUGCACGGAGGAUCCAGAAGCCGAAUCUUUCGUUUUCGGAGGGGCAAGCCGAAGACUUAUCGCAGUUUCCUUCGGAGAGUUUUGACGCAAUUUACGUGAACUCAACCCUGCAUUGGGUACAGGACCAACCAGCAGCAUUGAAGGAGUUCGCCCGCCUGCUCAAGCCAGGAGGGCUACUUGGCAUUUCAGGCGGAUCAGGCGAUACACUCACCGCCCAAGAGAGGAUCAAAGCCGAUGUCCUGUCCAGGGAGCCAUACCGAAAGUAUCCGGAAGAAAGUCCACCCAAGUUUCUCAAGCAGCGUGAGCUCGAAACUCUUCUAGACAAUGCUGGGUUCCGAGAAAGAAGUAUCGUCGUUAACAAAAUCACAAAGUCGACCAAGGAUGCAGAUGCAAUGAUUGACUGGUUAGAUGCAAGCUCAUCCGGGAAAACGUACGGCGGCAUCCCGUUGGAACUCCGGCCACGCGCAAGGGAGGAAAUGAAGACGGAAUGGAAUAAACUUCUAGUGGAGGAUGGGAUUCAUAUGGACAUAGAUCUUUUGGUCACAGUGGCUGUUAAAGCAUAA